UGGCUGGCUCGCUAUGCGCUGGACCUUGUGAUAUGGACGGGUUGUGCCUGUGUCUUUGAUGGUGCGGGAGGGCGGGGGAUCUCGCGUAGUGCAUACAGAGUUGGUGACGAGUGUUGGGUGUGUGUUGGGUUGGAGUGAAGUGUGUGCACCUCUAUUGCGUCUAGUGCUGAUAGCAAGCUCUAUGCUACUUAUACCUGUGCCAGCAGCCGUGUUUUUUGGGUGUGAUAAUCGCUUGCUUUCGUAGCAGAAGCAAGGUAGUUGCAGUGAAGCAGAUGCGAGAAGAAUGCAAUUGACAAACGAGACGAGUUGUGCUGUGCGGAUGGUUUACAUCGGGUGGUGGUAGCAUAGAACUCGACGAUCGCGCAGCGGCCAAACUGUGGCGCGUACAGACCCGCCGUCGUCGUCGAUCGAGCAGCUAGAAGAGUUGUUGUUGGCUAUACAACGCCAGAAGAGCUGGGAAGACAAAAGCCAAUAUUCGGGGUGUGCGUGCGUAUGGUGUUUAGUGUAGUUGCCAUAGAGCCGAGCAUAGAUCAUAAAGAGUGAGUGUUGUAUACAUAUUGUGUGUGGCCCACAGGGGGAAUGAUCCAGCAUAGAAACGACAAAACAUCAGCGACGACGAAGAAGGGAAGAAAGAUCGCGCUCUAGCCCAGCCGUUGCGGAUGAUGAUGGCUGUUGGCUGGAUGAAGUUUCAUGUGUAGAAUGCGCGAUCGCAUCGACGUUUCGUAAACGCACGCAGACAUUUUUUUUCGCCUGGUUCAUUACAAGUGGGAUCGUUGGGCUGGAGAGUUAAUUAGUGAAAUCUUGAGUCAAUUGCGUUGCGGAGAAUUGGCUGAUUCACCAUUCCAGAAAAGAGAAGUGAGAGCGCGCGAGGGAGUCAUCGUCGAGUCAUUCCAAGCGCGAGACACAGAGACGAUCGCGUCGUCGUCGUCGAUGAUCUGAUCGUGAAUAUAUGUCAGCUUGGGUGGAUAAUUGGUACGGCAAGCAAUGCAGGUGGUGCUGUCGGUGAGUGCUGCUGCAGCAAAUUAUCAUCAUCCAUCGAAUUUCAAUCGCAUACUUGAACUUGCCGUGUGUCGAUGACGACGACGACGACGACUACGGUGUCUGUUGCCUGAGCGAGCAGCUUGAGUUAGCAACAAUUAACUCAACAACACAACACAAAACACAACAGGCAGGCGAACAGCGCGAGAAGCACUUGAAAAAGUAAAGAUCAAAUCUCGUUUUGUGGCCGCCACCACAGCUGAAUGUGAACGUGAAGUCAAGCUGUCAAAGGAUUUUGAGUCGAGAGAGUACGGCUAAAUGACGUCACGCGUUCCAUGACUUCUUGUUUCGUGCUCGCCUCGAUUUCAAGCCAGCCAGCAGCAUCGACAUAUAGAAACGGGCGUCUGUUUGUUGAAUGUGCGCUCUGCAGCUGCCCGGUCAUCAGAAUCGAAAAUUAUGAGGAGAAAUCACACGCUGAUAAGCACCGUCGAUGAGUUCAAAAAAUGUUGGCAAUAUGUUACCGCAGUGUGAUUCCACCAGCGAAAACAACGAUGUGAUAGACGCGGAUGUUGCUAUCGCCACCACUACCGUCGUCAGCGUCAGCACCACCACCACCACCACUAGUGCCGCAACUACUACCAACAGUAGUCGCGGCGGCGGCGGUGAUCAUACCACGGAGGCUACGACAAUGUGCAAAAUACCGUCGAUGAUCGAUGCUUCUGCGGAGGGCGGUCUGUUGGGAUCAACCACGACGACCAUGGCGGCAUCUACUGGCAGUGCCAAUAUGACGAAUGGUUGCAGUAGCAAGGGCAACUACACCAGCAACAGUAGUAGUAGCAUAAGUAACAACAACAACAACAAUAAUAAUAACAUCACCAGCAGUGAGUUCGAUAUGAUCGAUAGUAGCAACGACGACCCGUAUGCCGAACUCGAGCGAUAUCUGGAAAAGGUCAAGGCUGAAAUCUCCGAGGUAUUUGCGCAACUGGAAGCUUCCAAGAGGGCGGAUGGCAACGGUUCUGCCGCCAUACUCAAUUUCGGAAACGGCGACUCUGCCGCCACCCCUGUUGCAGCUGAUGGUGGCGUCGACGAAGACGACAACGUUAACCACCAUAGAUCCACCCGAAGGAGUCCGGCCAAUAAUGGGGGUACCAGUAACAAGAACACCGGUAGCAGUAUCCGUGACAGCAAUUACAACACCAAAGCCAGCCGGUGCCAAAAUGUGGCCUGCAUCGGCGAUACCGUGGACAGCGUCGGGUUGGAGACGACCGAGCGGCUGCUGAGGGAUAUUGUCGCCUCGCUUCCCCGGCAGCAGCAGCAGCAACUACUGCAACAGCCUGUCUCAUCGCCGCAGCAGCAGCAACAACAUCAACAGCAAACCUAUCCCAGCUCGCGAGAGCGGAACAACAAUGGUGCUUUUGAAUCAUCGGCAGCGGCAGCGGCGGCGUCGGCGACGGCCCGGCUCGGCUGCGGUGAUCCCACGUUCAUCAUCAACGCCGGCAGCGAUCCUCCUCAUCAUCAUCAGCAUCAGCAUCAGCAUCAUGAGCUGGUGUUGAAGAUCGACGAAGAUCACGACCACGAUAAGCCACAGCCGCAGCCAGAGUCGGAGAAACGUUCCCAGCGAUUCUUCAACCACGGCUCAUCUCCCAGCAGUCGACUGCUCACGGUUGGUGCUACCGACAAUAGUCAAUCGUCGGAUUAUGAAAACAACACCUGCAGCAGUAGUCGGGAGCUGCAGGACAGCUUGUCCGACGACAUGAGCCUGCUGGAGGAACUCAGCGUGUACGAUAGUCACGAACACGACGAGGAUUGCUCCGACGGCAAAGAGCAGGAAACGUCCUCCCCGCGGCAGCAGUUUCCAACGGCACCGCAGCCGAACCUGCACCAUCCCCAGCGGAGGUCACCGCAGAACCGCCUGGUCCAGCAGCAGCCACCGGCGGACAAGCUGAUGAAAACCAGUACAAAUAGUCUACCUGCCACCAGUCGCAACCACAGUCUCCACCAUAGGUUUAGAAAUCACCAGAACGUAAUCGAUGCCAAAAGACGACAGUUUUUCCUGCCGCUGGAGCAGGAACCGUUCCAGCAGUCGGCCAAGUCCAACAUCACCGAGCUGCCGUCGCCGAGCAGCACCUCGCUGCACAGCGGCUACAACCAUCUGAUACUGGAGGAUUUGGGCACCAAGAGCAGCUCGGCGCCACUGCUGAUGAAGAACGAGGAAGCGGAGCUUGGUGAACGGAGGAACUUGAGAUACUCACGGUCGCAAAGUGACAGGCACCUGGCAGAAAUUGAGGCCAUCGAAGCGUGUCGAUGGCUCCGGGCUGCCGGUUUCCCGCAAUAUGCCCAGAUGUAUGAGGAUCACCAGUUUCCGAUCGAAAUCAAUGACGUCGCCAAGGAUCACCCGUUUCUGGAGAACGACCCUCUGCAGUCGCUCUACCGGCGGCUACAAACGCUGAAUCGUUGCGCAAACAUGCACAUCGAUACGCACCAGCAUUCGCAUCCGCCGAAGCCGAACGAAGACUCGGAUGACGAUAGCUGCGCCCUCUCGGAAGCGUGGACUUUCGCCCACAACAGCCGAAGGUGGUCCCGAGUGGAGGAUGCCGCUGGAUUGGUCAGCGUGAUCAAGCAGAAGCAUUCCAACAAGAGCGACGUCAGCACGGUCAACGAGACCGAUUCGGCGGACGAGUCGUCCAAGAGCGGUUCGAAGACUACGACUACGGACGACAAGGAAAACUGGGGUAACGAUGGAGUGACGUUGAGCAUUCUAUCCGACAGCGAUCAACAGGACGGUCCCGUUAGGCUACGGAGAACAGGCAGCGAACGGCUCAAGGAUGGCGCCAAAGCACUUCUGCGGCGAGUGGAAUCGAUCAAGUCUCGUCGACGGAAGCGGCAGAAUCGCGACGGACUCAUCAUCUGCGGACCGCAUUCUUCGAGCUUAUCACCCAGUCACCACAACAUAGAUGACUUGAAACAUAUCGAUGUGAUGUCUUUCUCCAAUCCCUCAUCCCCUAGAACUUCGGCGGCUGACCACCGAAGGGACAACACCCUCGGAACCAAUGAAAUUGUAUCGAACCUUCUGUCACCCUACACUCUUAGUCCUUUCGGGCACAUGGUGGAUGAUAACAAUAAAAAGGAACACAAACGUAGCACCAAUAGAUCUAGUCCGUUGCACUUUUUCAUUCAGCUGCAGGAGGCGAAGUCCGGUGAUGACUCGUCCUCCAUCUGCAGCGAAGACAGCCAGGAUUUAAACACCGGCUACUUCGCCGGAAGGGUUGUGAAAACUCCUAGCAAGAAGUAUCCUAAGGCUAAGAAACUGCUGCGCAAUAAAGUGACCGCUGAUGACUCCGGGGCGCUUUCGGAUUCGGAGUAUCAGUCUAAGUUAAGGCGAGCUAAGGUAUCUAGUGAUUUGAAGGAGACUAGCAGCAAUACACUUCAGGUUUCAAAACUGAAUCGGGGAGGUUCGUUGAACUUGGGGAAGAACUCCAAGCGUUACCGAGAUGCAUUCCAUAAUCGUUCGAUGAGAGUGGCAAAGACCAGCGACGAGAAAGGUGGCGACGACCGGAAGCGCACGAUCGUCGCAAGGUGGCACAGCUUCCAGCAACCGAAGACCUCGGAAGGUCGUCGGAUGGGCAUUGUAGACUUGAAGGAUGACGGAGCCAGAGACAAAGGGAACUACUCGACCGGAACCAGCAUCGUGGAGAUGUCCUGCGGACAGUUGCUGGUGGUACGGAAACUGGCUCUGGUCACCCUGACAGGCUACAUGGAACGCUACUGCCCAACGCAUCGGUCCGGCUGGAAUUGGGAUCUGCCAAAGUUCAUCAAACGAAUCAAAACACCAGACUAUAAAGAUAAGAAAGUAUUCGGAAUACCCCUAGUCCACAACCUGCAAAGAUACGGCAAUACUCUACCGGAGAUAAUCCAGAUGGCGCUGACCUGGCUGGAGCUGAACGCCCUGGACCAGGUGGGAUUGUUCCGCAAACCGGGCGUCAAGUCACGAAUAGCGAAGCUGAAAUCCACCAUCGAGUCCGGAAACAACGUAUCGAACCGGAUGGAUGUCUUCGAUGACCACCACGCGUACGACGUCGCGGACAUGAUGAAGCAAUAUUUUAGAGAGUUACCAGAUCCGCUGCUGACGGCGAAGCUAUCGGAGACCUUCGUGGCGAUAUUUCAGUAUCUUCCAAUUGAGGUGCGAUCGGAGGCGGUGCAGUCGGCGAUUCUCCUACUGCCGGACGAGCAUCGGGAGGCGUUGUACACCCUACUCACGUUCCUGGAGAAGGUCACGAGAAACGCGUGUCAAAACCAGAUGACGGCAAACAAUCUCGCCGUCUGUUUGGCACCGUCGCUGUUUUACUCAAUUUCCGGCAACAGGUCAUCCACAGCGUCUCCACGGCGAAAGAAGGGCGCCACCGGUCAACCGGACGAGAAGGAGCUGUCGGAAACUCGGGCAUCCCACGAUUGCCUGUCGUAUCUGAUACAGCACUACCGGACGCUGUGGACCAUCUCGAGCGAUCGGAUGCGCAAGUGCAGCUUUAACUACAUGGAGGAAUCGAAACCGGUCCCGUUGGAAUCGCUGGGGGCGGAACUGCACGUGCAAAACUGGCGCGGAUACCUGACCGAGUGCAUCAAGGAGUGCGUCCGGGAGGGGAAGGAGAGGCCACGUGGUUGGGUAUCGCUCAACACGUCCGACCCGACCGUAACGGUGUACUUCAAGAAGGUUGGCGAUGGGCACCCGCUCCGGCUGUGGAAGGCUGUGACCGAGGUAGAGGCACCUCCCACCGAGGUGAUCAACCACAUACUGAACGAACGGCACCUCUGGGAUGACCAUCUGCUCAAGUCGAGGAUCGUGGAACGGCUGGAUGCCGACACGGAUGUAUACCAGUACGUCUGCGGACAACCCAUAACGGAUUAUUGUGUAUUAAGGCAAUGGAACAAACAGCAAUCACGAGGCGCUUGCGUCAUCGUCGAGGUUUCUAUCACUCACAAUGGUGCUCAACUGCUGCUCGGAGGAGUUCGAGGCGUCGUACUGGCAUCCCGCUACCUCAUCGAACCCUGCGGUAGUGGCAAAUGCAAGCUAAUGCAUCUAUCCCGUGUGGACAUGAAGGGUCGCACACCGGAUUGGUACAACAAAAACUACGGUCACAUCUGUCAGCAAUAUCUUUCGAGAAUCAAAAAGUUUUUCGAACACUACACCGAGGGACCUGAGAGCAAAGUAUAAACACACACACGUAGUUUCACACCACCACCGUCAAAGCAACAUAACAAAACCACUAAAGCAAGCAAAGCAUUAUAAGUAAUUAACACAGUCAAACCCACACACCACUACAAGCAAAGCAAAGCAACAACAACAAAUCAAAAAAACUAAAAGCAACAUAAGAUUGAGAGUGUAUCAAACGUUUCCAAACAUUCCAAAAUUUUGAUUACCAAGUGCCUAAACCAUGAUAUUUUCUUAGUUCGUUUCUUUAAUUUGUGAAACGAAGAAUCCCAGCAUCAUUGAUAGAGAGGCGAAGAAGCGCAUACAGGAAGGAUAGACGGAGGAGUACAUUUUAAGAAGUUAGCAAGACGCAAGACGAGAGCAAGUAAACACAAAACUAAAACUAGUCCAAGCAAAUCAACUUAACCAAUUUCACAACACUAAUAACACGAAUCACGUUUUUUUUUAUUUUUAUUAUAUAGAUAUUAUUGUUAAAGUUUAUAUCGUAGAAUGGAAGAAGAGAAUCAAACACAGUAAGCAAAACAAAAAAAACUGAGGCAAAUAAUCUCAAGAACCGUUAUUCUUAUGGGACCAAUGUCAAUAACUGAAAACAAAAACAAAACAAAAAAUAUUAUCGAGAAGAAAAUAAUCUCCGCAGUGGUCUUCGCUGUAUGGUCAGUCAGUGCCAAUAAAUGUUCAUUUUCCCCACACAAAGAAGCAAAAGUUAUAAAAAUGGAAGCAAACAAUCGUUGUAUUCAAAACAGAACCGGAAUUAAAGUAUGUUACAUUACUAAUCGAUGGAUGAUUAUUAUGAUAUAUAUAUAGUGAAUUAAAUGAGAUGUGGAAGCAGAAAUAGAAGAUUUUCGAUGACUUA